CUCACUCAGAGGUGAAACCGCGAGGGGGGCUCACUCACCCUCUCCCUCCGCCAGGGCGCACGUAGAAAACCGAUAGGUCGGGCGGGUCAAUUCGAACGCGAACCUUGCAAAGCUCCGUCGGCCGGCACCCCGGCAGCUCCGCCCUGAGCGCGCGCCUGGCACAGCCGCCGGCGGACGGCAGUGCGCAGGCGCGGCCGGCCGACCGAGGGCACGCCGCCGCCGGCCGCCGGGCGCCGGGCGGCACCUCGUGACGCGCUGUGUAUGUACGCCGGGGCCGAUAGUGACGUGGUGCCGUGAAUUGGUCGGUGAUGGCGGCGGUUCGAGUGAUGUCGCGCGCCGGCGGACUGGCACGCACUCUGCUGCCGUACGCCAGCGCGAGAGCAUCGUCCACGAUGGCAGCUCCCGGCGAUUUCUACGCCCUCGAGGCGACCGAUCUGGAUGGGAAGAAUGUCAGCUUCAGCAAGUACAAGGGCAAGGUGGUGCUGAUCGAGAACACGGCGACCCUCUGAGGCACAACCACUCGGGACUUUACCCAGAUGAAUUUACUCAUCAACCGGUUCGGUCCCGAGAAGCUGGCUGUGCUGGCUUUCCCCUGCAACCUCUUCGGGCACCAGGAGAAUGCUGCGAACGAGGAGAUCCGUAACGCUCUGCGUCACGUACGGCCCGGCAACAACUUCGAGCCACUGUGCGAGAUGUUCUCAAAGGUGGAAGUGAACGGAAGCCGCGAGCACCCCGUGUUCAAGUACCUGAAGACGGCGCUGCCGCUGCCGGCUGACGACCCCACCUCCCUCAUCGAGGACCCCAAGCUCAUCAUUUGGGCACCGGUGAAGCGGAGCGACAUCUCGUGGAACUUUGAAAAGUUCCUGAUCGGCCCUGACGGCAAACCUUUCCGGAGGUACAGCAAGAAGUACGAGACCGUCAAAAUCGAGGACGACAUCAAGAACCUCAUGAGCCAGCGAGGCAAGUGAUGACGUGAUCGUACGGCUGUGUGACCGGACGCCGCGCGCCGCGCCGGUGCCGGGCCGGUCGCCAGCGCCCCUGCACCGUCCGUAUGACGGCGCCACCUGAAACGUCGACAGAUGGGGGUGGUGCCUGAGGUUCCCGGGACGGAGGGGGCGCGCGGCCGGUCCUCCGCCGGUGGCGGCGCGAGCCGUCUGCUGUCGGUCGGACUGGAAGUAUUGUUGUGUACCGAGUGCCAUGAUGUGUGGCUGCUUGUUGGUCAAUACACGAUGUGCCAUGA